AGAUGCUGUCCAUGCUCAGAGUGUCGCCUGCGCAAGCGCUGAUCAAGAGGGCGAACUUCGCGUCCUGGUCGCAGAGAGGACUUGCCAGCGUCCCAUCGACCAUGAAGGCGAUGGUGGUGAGCCAAGUGGGACCUGCUGAUGCUCUCAAGCUGGACAGCAAGCAUCCUGUUCCCGCCAUCAGCGAUGGUCAGGUCUUGGUCAAGAAUGAGUUCGCUGGUAUCAACUUCAUCGACACCUAUCAUCGAAGUGGUCUGUAUAAGCGUGAUCUCCCCUUCAUCUGCGGACAGGAAGGAGGAGGGUACAUUGCUCAGACUACACCUAAGGCUGAGGCCCAAGGCUUCAAGGUCGGAGACAAGGUUGUCUAUUCAAUCCUCCAGACCUACUGCGAGUACUCCGCCGUGCCGUCUGCCAAGCUCCAGCCGGUUCCUGACAACGUCGGCCUCGAUGUUGCCACUUCCUGCGUUGUGCAGGGAAUGACUGCUCACUACUUGGUCAGCGAUGCUCAUGCUCAGCUGAUCAAGCCCGGCGAGUGGUGCCUUAUCCAUGGCGUCGGCGGUGGCACCUGCCAGUGGGCGGCUCAGAUGGCAAAGUUGAGGGGCUACAAGGUUAUCGGCACCACCUCCAAGAGCAAGGAGGCCGUCGGCCGCUCCACGGGUUGCGAUGAGCUCAUCGUGCUCGACGAGGUUCCCGGAACCAGCUACGAGGACUACACGAGCGUCGACGUCGUCAAGCGUGUUCUCGAGAUCACCAACGGGGUCGGUGUCAAGUGCGUUGUUGACGGCAUCGGCAAGAACACUGUCGACAUUUCCAUCGACUCCCUGGCCAGACGCGGCAUCUUUGUCUCCUUCGGAAACGCCUCUGGAGCCGUGCCUGCCUUCCCUGUCCUCCGCCUCAUCAACAAGUCGGCCUACGUGACCAGGCCGAAGCUCCUCGACUACACCACGGACAGGCAGGAGAUGCUUUACCGAUCCAACGAGAUUUUCAAGUGGUUGGGAGAUGGCAAGCUCAAGGUCUCCGUCGACAAGGUCUACGCCCUCGACAAGGCUGCUGAGGCCCACGAGUACCUCGAGGCUGGCAAAAGCACGGGCAAGGUUUUGUUGAAGAUCUAGGUGUAUGGUAGGCGUAUUGGAGGCUUUCAAUGAAAGACAAGGAGUUAGAGAGAAUGCAGGAGCAAGCAAGAGGCCGGAGGGGGGUGGGGAAAGGCUUUAAAACAUCGCAACAAGUC